CUGGAUGGCGGAUUAAAACUUGGCUGUUUAGCUGAUGUUCACGUUGAAAGAAACCGCGCGAGGGAAGGUGCUGGGUGGAAAAACAAGAAGAGCAAAAUGGAGGACGGCUUCGGCAUUCAAGUAUGGAGGAUGAUGAACUUCCGUCAGAGGAUGGGAUGGGUAGGCGUGGCCCUCUACCUGCUGCUCAGCAUCCUGGCGACCUACUACAUCUUUGAGGUGCACAGCCUGAGCGUGGAGCGCGUGCAGAGAGGAGGGAUCAGCUCAUUGGCUCUGCCUCCGGCGGUCUCCGCCCACCUGCCUCCGGCGGUCUCCGCCCACCUGCCGGCGCUGACCCUGUGGAUGUGGGCGGGGCUAUUCCUGCUGCCCUACCUGCAGAUCUUCCUCUUCCUCUUCUCCUGCACGCGGGCCGACCCCCGCGCCGUCGGCUACUGUGCACUUCCUGUCUGCAUCGUCCUGCUGUGCAGCCGCCGCCACGCUGCCAAAUCGGCCAAUCACAGAGCGGGGUUGCUCAUCGACACGUAG